UACGACCAAAAUGGCUAAUUUUCAGGCGGUUUUCACUUUUGGUGUGUUUUCCAAUGUUUUCGUCCAAUAAAUUAGCCGAAAACAGCAUUUCUAAGACACCAAUAUGCUUUUGUAAUAGCUGUCUUAACAAUAUGAAUGUUCUAGAAUAUCUGUUCGACCAUAAAGCUGUGUAUUAGUGCUUGAGGAGGAGACCUGCUUGGUAAUCGAAGGGUAAAAACCCAUCUCCUCUCUCAUUUGCUGCCUCUGUUGUGACGUGAUGGCGAUGACGAACCUUGUCCUUUAGACUGGUUGCUGCCUGCCUCUAUAGCUCCUUUAUAAGGAGGGAUCAAUCCCUCUGCCGUCAUAAACUACUUGUGACUUGUAUGAGUAACAUCAGGCCUUGAGCUGUGCGCAUCUUCGGUCUCCUGCAAAACGAUUUGAGAACAAGCUGAUUGAGACUGUGAUUCUUGAGAGAAAAUCCCUGUGAUUGUGCCAUCUGUGCUUCGUGAUCUCCAGACGUGUUCGACUUUAUUCAUCACGACUUGCCAUAAAAGAUUUUAUAGGCCUACAACUUGAGCAAAAGCAACGUACUUUGGUGCAAAUUUUCACUGUGACAUCUGCCUUCGUGCAUUGGUUAUUGUGAUUACAUUUGAUCGAGUAAUCGAGACAGCGUUAUGAUGGACUUGAUGCAAGUGACUGUGCUGACUCUCCUCUUGGCAGGAGUGACGAGUGGCCUACCGCGGCUCUUCUCGGGCAAGAAUAGUGCAGCGAGAUCGCAGUACAUGAUCCACUGCUCUCAACCUGAUAACCAACCCAUGAGACAAUUUCGCAUUAUCUAUGCUCUCGGGAUCCAGAAGUAUUCGACUAAGCUCCACCCCGGCACAGAGAUCUCCUUUCAGUGUCACAAUGGCUACCGUCUCACGGGCAACUCUAUGUUGAGGUGCGGUCAGGACGGUAAAUGGGACCAACCCAAGAUGCCGACCUGCGAGAAAAUAAGCCGCCAAGCUGCCUGUGGACCACCGCCUGUGAUCCUUCAUGGCGGAUACAAGUACAAUGAGACGAAUCCAUUGGUGGCUAGGUUCUACUGCAUCCAGGGUUAUAAGAACACCGAUACUUGGGCAACCACGAUGGAAUGCACUGAUGGACAAUGGACCGGAAAAACACCUGAAUGCUUCAAAAGUGCUGUUUGCCCUGAUCUUGGUCCCAUUGAGAAUGGGCGCUGGUCAUGCAGCUCAACCGAUUGUAUGAACCGCCAAGCUGGCUCUGUCAUCAGCGUCGUCUGUAACAAUGGGUUUGAACGCCAUGGAGCCUACAGCCUGAGUUGUGAGGAUAGUGGAGAAUGGUCACAGCCGAAACCAUCCUGUGCCAGCAAGACAUGCCCCGAACUUGGCCAGGUAGCGAACGGGCGCUAUGAGUGCAUCACCAAGAACUGCCUGGACAACAAGAUCGGUGCGAUCGUCAAGGUCACAUGUGCCGAUGGCUAUGGCCUGAAGGACAACUACAUGUACUCUCUCACCUGCCGCAACAAUGGCGCGUGGUCAGCUGAGAAGCCAGAGUGUGUUGAAAUGAAGGGCUGUCAAUCACCUGUGAACAUCCACCACGGUCAAUGGACGCUCUAUGGUCAAUUCACCAUGGUCAAGUAUGACAUGUUCGGUGUUGGCACAACCGUGUUCUACCGCUGUGACAGUGGCUACAAGCUGGUCGGCCGGACGGAGCAGGUCAUGUGUCUGUCGAGCGGUGUUUGGUCGGGAUUCCCUCCAACUUGUGAGCCUGAAUUCUCUUGUAAGGACCCCGGCCCAGUAAAGAAUGGUCGCUAUGAGUUGACCACUGCUAGUUGCCUCACCUAUAUGGGAAUGGGUUCCAAGUGUCUGCAGUAUGACAUUGGCUCCAAACUUGUGUUUAUGUGCGACGAGGGAUAUGAAAGAGAUGGCACUUAUGAAUUGGAAUGUGAUAAUACGGGAACAUGGACUGCUGAAAAACCGAGAUGUGUCAAAGCUCCGACAUCUUUACCUCAAGGCAACGACCUUGAAAGCACAACAAAUACAAUGACCAUUGUCAUCAUUACGUCCUGUAGUGUUCUUGGUAUUCUUCUCACAACCAUGAUCAUUGUUGCCUUCCAACGCCGAAACAAACCUCAGCCCAGGAUCCUCCAUCAGGUGCAGGCGCCGCCACCGUACAGUAACAGUAACAGCCGCAACUCAUGUGCUACUGUUGAAGAACAUGAUCGUGUUGCCCUUAUCGCUUACGCUGAUGGUCAUAAUGCCACGUUACCAUCCUAUGAUGAGGCUGUCCGAGGUCCACGCACACCGGGACGUGCACAUCGUCAACAUCCAUCUUUAGUGCCCGGAUAUCGGCCAUUACCAAGUCUUCCAGCCAGCAUGCGGAGACAAGGCAGCGAUGCGACAAGUUCUGGUAGUGGUUCACAAUCCACCCGAGACCCCGAUGCCACCUCGCGUCAUUCAACAAUAACCAUCAGCACUGUCAACAGGGAUGCCCUGUCAGAAAACUUUGGUUCAUUGGACACAAUGAAUACAAUGAACAUUAGUGACGGCACGUCCACAUCAGUAACUGUUGACACGUACGACUCUGGUGCCUCCAUGCCAUCAAUAGCUGCCUCGCGUCGUGCCACUGCUGGAAGCAUCGAAUCAAAUGGCAGUUUAGGCUUUGCCAAUGACGAUUGCCCACUUUUAGUCCAAUUGAACAACAGUAGCCAGGAAUCUAUACUUAUAACAGACGUCACUGAGGAAACAAAGAACGAAUAAGUCGACAGGCUGCCAUCGCCGACCCGUACCCCAUCGAGUGAGCACCAGAGCCAAUCGAUGCUGGAGUGAUCUCGAUGUGCCUGACAAACUGAUGUUCUCACCUCCGGUUGUGAGGUACGUCAUAUUUGGAUUCUGAAGGCUACAUUUUCUGGAGUUACCAGGAAUGUGUCUUGGAUUCACUGAUGAUUCGUAUGAAGCACAAAAACAAGGAACAUGUGGACAAAGGAGUUUAUCGAUGUGGGAACGUGUCGUAAAUAGUAUUAUGACUUAAGCUGAAUCUCGUAGCUUACAGCUGAGCUAGAUGUAGUGUUACCAUGGUAACGUGUAGUGUUGCUGUGGCAUUGACGUCAUCUGGUGAACGCAGUACACUUUCUGCCCAUACAUGGUGACAAUCUUCAUGUUUCAAGUCGCCUUUACUCAGUUAGUUACUCUCCAAUCUUAAGGUGCUUUUGUUAACAACUUUCCAUUCUUGUCAGUGCGCUUAGAUGUAUGGUGGGGUGACUUUGGAGUUGGAGAAUGGCAAAUGACGUAAAAGUUCUGAUAUGUCUUAGUAACCAUUCUCAUGGGGCCUAUUUUGGUGUCCAAUUAUUUAAACUCGGCCAUACAAUAUGAUAUUAAGCUCAUCUAAUGGUAUUGAUACCCAAUACUUUUAGUAUCUUUGAUAUUCAAAACAAGUUAUGUUUGGAGGGCAAGAAAGCUUGUUUCAUCAGGUCCCCCUUCCAUCUGACCACCUGAUGAAGAACUCGCCUCGCUCCAUCUAAGUGCACUGGGCCUAGUAUUCUUAUGAGUUUAUUUGGAGAACUAAAGUAAAGGGACUAUGGCCCACACUAUUCAUACAGCUCCUACAGGAUGCCAAACUAGCAAUGGAAGAUUAUAGUCUAUUGUACACUAACCAAACAGGGCUUAUAAUACUUGAGACCAGAUAAUGUUGACGGGCAGUUCUGGUCUUCACAUUUUACUUCCAGCAUUAUCAAGUAAAUCUGACCAGUUCUAAAUCGGUGAUGGCGAUGUGUCGUGUUGGUUCUAAGUGCAUAAACAUACUAACAUGUAAUGUACACAGGUGCAUAUUUUGUCAAAUAUACCGGUAUUUGGAAUUGAAUAAUAAUAAUUAAAAUUUCCCAACCGCACUUCAGCACUUCUCAGAUGUACUAGAUAAUGCCUUUUAGUUUGUCUUCCUUCCUUUGUUUAAUUCUUUCCUUGGGAUAAGUGAUUUUAACCCUUUAUUGACUGUAAAGACCAAGGAACACACAAGAAGUUAGUGAUUUUGCUUGGUCAAGAAAAUGCAGCAUAAAGCUUCAUCUUGCCUGCAAUGUUGACAUAUAUCAGAUUGGGUUCGACAUUGCACAACAGGCACUGGCGCUUGGAAUGAUCUACAAUUGUGUCUAUGAAGGGUUGUUCACUCAUGACCAGAUCUGUCAACCAAGUAUUGCAUCCGUGUCAUUAGUGGGCACUUCUCCUGCUGGUUCCUUGGGCUGCCAGCGUUCAUGUGUACACUUACAACUUAGAAAACGAACCUGGACUCCUCAGUAACUAUCAUGAGGUUUUGCCCAGUUUUUAGCAUUUUCGAAUAUGAUUCAAAUUGUACAACUAAAUGUCAUGUAGAUUAAUAACAAUUAUUAGUCUUGGGGACCAAGGAAUGUGAUGUACAUUGUAUAUAAGAUAGUUAGUUACAACAACUAAAAGUAGUUAUUCUAUGAAUAAAUCAAUUAAGAAUGAAUUAGAUCUAGAAAACUAAGAUUUAGAUAUGAUACCACAUGCUAGAUUUUCAACUCUAACUCUUGUGUCUGUAUCAGGUCUUUGAAGUAUGUUAUGUCUCACUCUGCCUGGGUAGUUAGGCCUUCCAAUGACAUACGAGACAGGGAGUUCUACGUUAGAUCUGUGGAACGUGUUCAUUUGCCCAGAUUUUCAGGAGAGAUGCAAAACGAUCACCGACAAAGCCAUACUUCGUGUUUGAUUCAGAAAAUACUUUCAUGUUCAGUACAGUAUGGCUUAUGAUACCAUUUAUAGCAAGCUAAUGAUACCAUGUUUCUAUCAGAUACAGCAUUUUGGCUAAUGAUAAUUGCAAUUUGAAGCCUGGUGACUCACAGCAGUCCUUAUAGCUGUCAUUGGGAAGGGAUCAGUUACUAAAUCCAGUUCUUAUUGUAAUGUAACCCUGACUGUCUCAAGGGGAGUCAACUAUUCUGACUUAAGGAUGGCAGUGGAGCAACAAGUUUGUUGAAAAAGGCUUUGGGUGUGGCAGACAAUUGACGGGCAUCCUUGGUUUGAAUUUGCUUUGUGAUUCUCCGAUCAGAAUAAAUUGGUGGUACUCUGCAUGAUAUUGAUCGAAAAAGUCCUCGAGGUUUCUGUCGAUACAUCAGAGUUAUCUGGUUUAUUUAGAUGGAGAUGAGAUUUGUAAUAUUGGAGGAAGGGGGGUUUAUCUGGUUUUUUUCUUUUCAUGGAGAUGAGCCAAGAAUAUUGGUGAAUUUUAGAGUUGGACAUGAACUUGUGGUCGGUCAAAUAUUUUUUCAGUGGGAUGAAUUAGGGCAUUGUAUCAUCGAUUUAUAUACAUAAACACAAACUUGUGCUAAAUAAUUAUUUAUUUAUGAAUCUUGCUUGGGAUUUAAAAGUUUCUUACAAACAAAGGAUUCUUAAAAUGUUUCUGCAUCUAGUAGAAGUGAUCAUUAAACAAAACACUUUAGAUCAUUUGAGAAAAUGCUGGUCUUUUAUGCUAUGCAAGUUAACUGUGCUAUGGGUGCCAAAAACCACCAAAAAAGUGUUUCUUCUGAAGUGCUGUCUUCUUCACCUUCACAACCUGGGCAUUUGAACUAUUCCUGAUAGGUUCUCUGGUUACGUGUUAUUUGGAAUAUAAAACCCCCACUUGGGUAUAAAAGAUCAAGGUCAAGAGGUCACCUUAUCAUUUGCUGCUCAAGCACCAAAACGGUUGGUUCUCAUAGUACAUAUGCUAUGCAUUUUGGUACAUGUAAUAUGGCACUAGAAGCUACCUGAACGAACCAUCACUUGAACACAGGGUUUGAGAAUUGGGGGUUUUAUUGGCGAGUAUCAACCCGGUUUAUCUAGAAUGCUUACUUGAGUCUAACAUUAUUGUACGUUCUCAUUUCAUCUUCAAUAUGUUGAGAAUUCCUUUUCAUUCAGCGAAGUAUUCAGUGUGAAUGUUGAUAACUAUGUGAAUAGAUAUGGAUUUCACUGACUUUCACUCAGAGCUGAAACUGCUCAUUUUGAGAAUAUGAAGUUUUCAGAAAUAUGAUCCCAGAUUUUGAAUCUAAAAGAAUGAUGUGGUGUAAAAUUUGCUGCAAAUUAACCCACAUCUUGACUAUCAAAUCGAUAGUUAUAUAUGACUUGGUGAGUUUUACAAGAGUGGACACUUGGUUUUGUGGAUUGGAAUUCAAAAGGCCAGUAUUUUUUCAUCUGUCUCAAGUUAGCAUUCUCUAGUUUUGUCAUAGUGUGUUAGCCAACUGUCAGUAUUCAUGAGGAUAAAGGUGUCAAGAAAGAAUGAGCAACGCACAGUUGGAUUCUCAGGGUUUCUGUUUCCAUUAUCUGGAAGAAAUUUGUGAAACGACAAGUGAAUAAAAAAGGAAACUUCACGCUUUUAUUCACCUUUUCACAUUACCAGCUAUUGCGGGCCUAGCACACUCUGUUUUGAAUAGAGGGAGACUCCAUCAUUCCUAUUGUUUGAGAUUGGAAAGGUGUGAAUUAAUCUGGCAAUUAGCCUCCUGUGCAUUGGUGCAUACAAACACUAAAAUGUUUGGUUUUUGCUGAUUUAGGGUCAAAUAAAUCAGCCAAAAGUUUUGAAAGCUUCACAAAUGAUUGUUGCAAGGAAGUACUUUAUGAUAGUUUGCGAAAUUUUGAUUAAUUCUAGGUGGAAAGUAAUAUUUUUCGCAUAUUUGUUGGGAAAAAAAAUGAAAAUCCUCCAAUUUUCAACCCCCCUAUGGACACUAUGAAUUUUUCUCCAAUAAAGCUGAAAUCUUGGGAAUAUAAUCCUAAGAGUUAUAUCAACCACGUCUGAAGUCGGGAGUUUGUAUCAAAUGUAUAGUUUCGGAGCUAGCGCAGCUAGAAAAGCCCCCAAAACCCACUUUCUCAGGAAUUUACACUACGGGCUACGAGUGAAGCAUUACAGAUUUACCAAAAUUUUCAACCUAUAGAUGGACCCAUCGAAUUUCCAUCCAAAUCACUCCAAAUUUUGCCAGUAAAUACCUAGACAUAUAUAGAAUUAUGUCAGAAGUCGGGAGUUGGGAUUAUUUUAACACCCCGCCCAAAAAGCCAACUUUAUUGAUAUUUCCUAUGCAUUUUCCAUUAGGCUUGCCAGGACCAAUUAAGCAGGUGCACUAAUUGGCUUAAUUGGCUAGGCCCGCAAUAGCUGGUAAUGAAUAAUGAUUCCAUUGAAAGUUUGAACUGAGCAGAAACCCUGAAUAGGUUCAUCAAGUCUAUUUUGUCUUGGCGUUAAGAUAUGAUACGCACAAUCAUGUGACUUGUCAUGUUUGUUAUGUUCAAAUCGGCCAACCGAAAAAAGUAAAUAUUCAAAGUUAAAUUAUGGUUGAAAUGAGCUGCCUUUAACUGAGGUAUCGAGGCCAUCGGUUGGUCUUGGCAAGGGCUUAGUGUUCACAGAUACAUGGUGUGAUUAGUUGGGUAAAGCAAUAGAUUCAUGUCUUAUUUGAGUGGAUAGCAUUAUUAAUGUAUAAUGAUUUCGUUGUAGAUAAGGAAUUGUAACAGUUGAUAAUAAAUUGGAAAAACCUGUAGGAAAGUUCAAUAUCCACUAUUGAAGAAACAAUGAGUAACAAGAAAGCUGUUUCAAUGUCAAAAUUGGGUUUGGGAUGACUUUUUAGUGGUAUUAAUAUUGGUAAGUUUGGGGGAGUUGUGUGUACAGGUGGAAAGGCCUCGGUCGCUACCAAGAAACUUGAGAAAGAUUUCCAGACGAAUCCAGUCUUGUGUAUUGAACAAUUUGUCUGAUGAUCAAAGAAAGGGUAACUUGGUCUUUGUGAUGUUAGUCCGCCUUGGAUAUCAAAAAGUACACCUUGAUGUCAUAAUUUUAGGCUAUGAUUUGCUCAGUCGGUGAAAUCUACUUUGCUUAAAGCAGGAUGUCACCAGAUCUAAGCAAUCGAUCUGUUAGCUAUGUUGAUUAGAACUAUAUUGUAUUUGAACUCUUGAAACAGGUAGAAUUCAUUCAAAUUGGUUCUGAGAACUUGGUGUUUAGGCUCAUCGACCGAUAUCCGAUAAAUAUUGGAAAACUCAGAUUUAUUAUGCCUGCGAGCAAGAUUCUGAAAUCAAUGAAAUAUUUCCAAUUUUUGUUGCUUAUAAUUUGUGAAAAUGUUCUUUGUUCAAUAAUAUUUUGAACCAUUGGGAUGCACUUUUGGCCUUUCCAUCAGAAACCCUUGAAAUGUUAACUUGAGUGGGAGUGGUUCUUGAAAUGAACCAGUGUCCACCAUCAUGAUGAACUAGUUAAGCCACCUCAAUGUGGAGCCACUAUGAUAUUUGGAAAAUGUGAUCCGUUUCGACAUCUUUGUCAAUAAUUUGUGUUUGUCAAUCCUAAAAUACAGCCACUAGAAAUAUGAAGAAGUGUGUUUGAGCUCAGCUCGUUGUUAUAUUUGAGGGAGUAUUGUCCUGUCUGUUUAUGUCCUAAGUUGAUGAUCUGAUUAUGCUGAUUCUUGUUUUGAUAUCGCACUUCAUUAAUGUGCUCUGUAAAUAUCAUCUUGAUUGCUCUGUAUAUAGCAUCUGUACAUACCUUUUUUAUGGGAGGUCAUAAUACCUAAUAAAUUGGAUUCUCUAUGCAUUAUAA